UGGCGUGAAGUUUGCGACGGAAAGAUUGAUUGCUUAAAUGAUGGUCGAGAUGAAAUUGAUUGUGAUCAGUUAGAUAUGAAUGAAUGCAAAGAUGAUGAGUUCCGUUGUAGUAACGGAUUUUGUAUUCCAAAAGAGCUGUUCAACGAUGAUUCAUUGAAUCCGGACUGCAUCGAUAGUUCGGAUGAAAAGUAUGAUGAGACAGAAGAUUAUUUAAGUGGUCGUCAAAAUUGUUUUGAGGAUCCGACGUUCCGCUGUGAAGAGACUAAAUGUCGAAACGAACGUAUGUUAUCAUGUGGUGAUGGCCAAUGCAGUAUGCUAUAUUGCAAACAGAAUCGCGACUCUAUAUUAAAGAAAGCAAAAUUAUUUCGAAAUGAAAAUCUUCAUAUAUCAUUUGAAUGCUGGGAAAUUUUGAUUUGCUAUUCCGUUACACAUCUUACCACUGACUAUUUUAUUGAAAAUACGGAAUGUGUAGAUGACGAUGAGAAGGAAAAUCGAUUUCGAGAAAAGUGUCCGUUUCUUUUCUUCUUUCCCGUUCAACCGAUAGUACUUAAUCAUGUUCAUUUUGUGUAUGCAAAUAAUUUAACAAAUCUAUUUAAACAAGACAUCUUUGUACCUCAUUAUAUAUGCUACGAUCAAGAAUUAUGUGAAUGGCUUCCGGCUACUAUAUUGAUUAAUGGUUCAACUUGUCGACGUACUUCUGAAUUGAACAUAGAUAUAUCAUCGAUAUAUCCACAUAAUUUUGUAAGCGACGUUCUGACCUUAUUUCAUAAAUGUUCAAUCACAAAGACUAGAUAUACUGAAUGUCCAAAGUCAAAGCCAUAUCGUUGUGCAAAUUCAUCGAAAUGUAUUGCUUUGAAUCGACUCGUUGACGGUUUUUUCGAUUGUUUUCAAGGAGAUGAUGAAGAAAUCAUAAAUAGUUGCUCAUUACUAGAUAUAGAUUAUCGUUAUCGGUGUUCUUCGGAGAACAAAUGUAUUCCAAUGACUAGAGCUAAUACCAAUCGACCAAUUUGUAUCGGUGGAGAAGAUGCAAAAUUUGUACCCGGUAGAUCUCGACAAACUUUUCAUUUAUCAUUCACAACACUUUGUGAUGGCUUUGUCGAUCGUUACACAAUCGAUGGACUUAAUUAUACAGAUGAAAUGGAUUGUAAAGAAUGGGCCUGUAACAAUAUAUAUACGCGAUGUGAUGGAAAAUGGAAUUGUCCGAAUGCAGCUGAUGAAGCGAAUUGUUCUGCUAAUCCAUGCUAUCCCGAUGGUCACCUCUAAUUUCAUAAAAAUUAUUAUCUUACACUACUGCAACAUAAUUCUACAUUACCAAUGAAUAUUUCAAUGACAAUUAUACCUGAAAAUCGCUGUUCAUCAAUAAAAGAACUAUUUGAUGAUCAUGUUCAAAUGUUACCACGAUGGCAUCGUGCUAAGUAUUAUCAUAUUCCAUGUCAAAAACAUUCGAAUCUUGCAUGUUUCUAUGAUAAUGACUAUUUCAUGUGUCUAUGUGAUAUUGAUCGGCAUGCAAAUUGUUUCAACUUCGAUUAUCGUCCUGUUGACAACUGCUUUGGUUAUAAUUAUUGUGAAAAUGAUGCUCAAUGUUAUCUUGACAAUAUUACUUGUCCAACAUCAUUCUCAUGCGCAUGCAAAGAAUGUUAUUUUGGUGCUCGAUGUCAGUUUACUACAAUAGGAUACGGUCUAUCACUCGAUGAUAUUCUUGGUUAUAGCAUUUGGUCAAAUGUUCCUUUCUCAAAGCAAUCGAACGCAGUAAAAAUCAGUACACUAU